CAACUUUUUUUAAUAUAUUUUUCUAAUCAUUAGUUUAUAUCCAAACUCUCUCUGUUUCUCUUUCUUCCCACAACUAAAUUGAAUGAAAAAUGGGAAAAAAAGUUGGUGAGAACGAUGAAAAUGGUGAAGGGUGUUGGAUGAAGGUGAGUGAUUGUUUGGAGGAGCUUGUGAAGUUCACUGUCAACUCCGAGUCUCACCAUCUCAAUCUCUCUUCCGAGUUCUGUUCGACCCUUCUCAAAGAUGACCCAAUACAACCGUCUUCUUCACACGAUUGUGUGGAAGGAGUGCCACCUUAUCCCUUGUACAAGUGCCUUGCUUCUGCUAUGUUGAGGUGUAUGGAUUCUGAAACUUUUUGUAGGACAGGCUGCAAUUUAGCCUUGGCCCAUGAAUUUGAAUAUUCUUCCAUACAGCAGAAACAUGAGGAAUGGCACAAAUUGAUUGUGGAAAAGGGGUCUGAAAUAGUGAAUAUUUUGAAGAGUGUUUCCUUUGAACUUCAUGUUCAAGAGCCUUUUUUUAAACAGCUGAAUGAUGGCCUGAAAACAAUUGAAGGGAGGUGUGCCAGUGGUAAAUACAGCAGGAUUGAGUCAGGAAGUCUGAUUCUCUUUAAUAAGUCUGUGGUGUUUGAAGUUCAGGGAGUAAGGUGGUAUCCUACAUUCAAUGACAUGUUGGAGGCAGAGAACCUUGAAAAAGUUCUUCCAGGAGUUCAAAGUGUUGAAGAAGGUGUACAAGUCUACCGGAGGUUUUACACAGAAGAGAAGGAACAUGAAAAUGGUGUUCUUGCAAUCAUUGUUUCAAAACUUGCCUCUCAACCAUACAUUUCCUUGGCUAGCUUAUUUUGUGGAUUAAACUAUGAGGGUGUUCAAGGCCUUCUAGGUCUACAGCAUAGCACAGGAACAAGUCCUAACUCACUUCCCCCACCAAGAUCAGCUCUGUUAGCAUCAUUUAAUUUGCCAUGCAAUCCAAAUGAAAGUGGGUUGACUGAUGGAGCUCGAGCAUUGGCCAAGCAUGGUUGUAGGAGUACCAGUGGUUAUUGGGUUUGUCUGAAUGGAAAUGAUUCUAAUAAAAAUAGGCUUGCAAUGGAUGCUAUUAACAACUUAAUAGCACAUUGUUGUUGGCUGAAUAUGCAUACUGUCCCUCCACAUGGAGUUGUCUUUGAAAUAAGGGUUGCGGAUGGAUACGGUGCACGUUGGACAGAAGAUGGAAGUAAGGUGUGUGGAUACCCACUAAAUUCUGUUUAUUGGAUUUUUAGAGCCCUACAUGCAAGAUGGUCACUCAAAGGGAUGGAAGCACUCAUUCUGCUAGCCAGGCCAAACAGCCUACACACCUUUGUGAUUGAAUGUCACACCUUUUCCUUUUAUCUUUUGAUGGAGUAGUGUUUAUGGUACAUUAUUUGUGUUUUAUUUAUACUUAUCACUUUUCAGUGCUGGACUUUAGCUAACAAUCAGCUCUCGUACCUCAGAAUGAUCUAUGUAUUGAUUUCUGUAUACAUGGUAAUCUACACGAUGGAA